AUGGCGCCUGCUCUGCACUCAGAUUCCUACGCUUCGGCUGUGGAAUAUGCAGCUAAAAAGACAUUCCAUACUUUGGCCAGACGUGAUCUUCAGAACCCAAAUCGCACCCAACAAAUAACAUUGGGUAUCAUCGGCGUCUAUGUCGUUGUUAUUGCUAUUCUAUGGAACGUUCCUUAUGUCAAAAUGAUUCUUUGGCCAUUCAAGAUGUUGGUCAUUGCCUUUCACGAAUUUGGUCACGCCAUCACCGUUCUUCUCACUGGAGGCCGCGUCAAGUCUAUCACUCUUAGCCCCAACGAGGGCGGCGCAACUCAUCACAUCGGUGGUGCAGAUGCCAUCGUCCUACCAGCUGGCUAUCUAGGUUCUUCCAUCAUUGGCGCUCUUCUCACCUUUUGCGGCUUCAACAUCGUCGCCAGUAAAGUCGCCAGCAUCGUCCUCGGCGUUUGCUUCCUCCUCACUCUCUGGUGGGGAAAGCGUGAUUGGCUCACCAUCCUCACCGUUCUCUUGGCCGUUGGACUGCUUAUCGCUUGUUGGUUCAUUCAACAUGCCGAGGCGCUGCGCUUUGUCGUUCUCUUCAUCGGUGUCAUGUCUUCACUUUACAGCAUUUGGGAUAUCUGCGACGACCUGAUUCUUCGGAAAGUAAACGAGUCUGACGCCAGUGUUUUUGCGAAGCGAUAUGGCGGUUCUUCUCAGUGCUGGGGUGUCAUUUGGUCCAUCAUCUCGAUCCUUUUCAUGGCUGCUGGUAUUGUUGCUGGUCUGGCAGCAUUCCCGCAGUCAUUUGAACAACAGGAGAAGGACUCCCAGAACUUCAUUCCCACCUAG